AUGCAGAGGAUACGAGAGGGCUUGUUGCAUGAUCCCCAAGCCAAAAGGAAGAGGAUCUAUGUUCCAAGGUGGGACAAUCUGAGACGAGAGCUACUGAAGGAGUGUCACGACUCGAAGUGGGCAGGACAUCCAGGCACGCAUCGAACAUUAGCCUUGAUGAGUGAAGCUUACUAUUGUCCACAGAUGCUGGAGGAUGUAGACUCAUUCGUGCAGACUUGCCUUAUAUGCCAACAAGACAAGACAUUGCAGAAGCAGCCGAGUAGGUUGCUAGAGCCACUUCCUGUUCCAACCAGACCAUGGAAGAGUUUUUCCAUGGACUUCAUUGUGAGUCUACCCAAGUCAGAAGGGUGUGGCUCAAUCUUGGUGGUGGUCGACAGGUUCAUCAAGUAUGCUACCUUCAUCCCCACACUAGCGGAUUUCAAUGUGGAGGAAGCUGCGCGCUUGUUUCUAAAACAUGUGGUGAAGUAUUGGGAGAUCCCAAAGAGUAUUAUCAGUGACCGUGACACUCGCUUCACUAGUAAACUUUGGACGGAGCUCUUCAAGCUACUUGGCUCACAGUUGAACUUCUCUUCAAGCUACUUUGGUCAGACGGAACAGGUGAAUGCAUUGUUGGAGUUAUACUUGAGGCACUAUGUGAGUGACAACCAACGAGAUUGGGCAAAGUUGUUGGAUGUUGCUCAGUUCUCGUACAACUUGCAGUGGUCGAAGUCGAUAGGGUCAAGUCCUUUUGAGUUGGCAACGGGACAACAACCUAUGACACCGAAUACAGUGGUGUCAGGCUACACAAGGAGUAGUCUAACUGCAUACAAGACGGCCAAGGAGUGGCAGGAGAAUAAUGAGCUAGCUUAG